AUGACCACGGAAGGCGGCAGGACAUUAGGUCUCAUCCCCAGGACAGCUGUGUAUCAGAAGCAGGAGGAGGGGUGCUUGAAUGUGAAGCAGGAACCAGGAAGCCAGACCUUGGGACAGAGCUGCAGUUUCCAGGAGACCUCCCCUCCUGUCUGUGAAAUCUUCCGGCUGCACUUCAGGCAGCUAUGUUACCACGAGAUGUCUGGGCCUCAGGAGGCACUGAGCCGGCUGCGGGAGCUCUGCUCCUGGUGGCUGAUGCCCGAGGUCCACACGAAGGAGCAGAUCGUGGAGCUGCUGGUGUUGGAGCAGUUCAUGAACAUCCUGCCCAGGGAGCUCCAGAUGUGGGUCCAGCUCCGACACCCUGAAACCGGCGAGGAGGCUGUGGCCGUGGUGGAAGAUUUCCAGAGAUACCUUAGUGGCUCACGGGAGGUUCUGCCUCCAACACAAGAACAGAUGGAAUCUCUGAGUGCAGUAGAACAAUCUCCUACCUCAACCUGCGGUCAGGGUUCAGACCCUGCAGCCUACUUGGAUGCUCUGAGUGACGUAAGAGCACACGACCUCCCUCAUGGACACUUCGGGCCUGCGUUUCUUGAAGUGGAGAACACCAGAGCCCGGGUAACUGUGGGGAACUCCACAGCAGCUGCUGUGCUUGGGGUGGCCAGGCCUCCAGAGAUUACAGCUGAUAAGGACUGUCUGCAGAAAACGUGGAAAAGCCUGGCACUCAGGCGGAGUGCCCUGUACCAGAUCAUGAUGGAGAAAAUGAGCAAAAAGGAUAAGAAAAAUUCCACAAAGGACAGAGACAAAGAAUGUGAAGAUGUAGGAGAACAUGCAAAUCUUCCGUCUAGUUCUUUUGAGAAGCAGCGAGGGGCAAAGAGACAAAAGUUCUAUCAAUGUGAUAAGUGUGACAAAGUUUUUAAUCAGAGCUCACUCUUCCUUGGACACCAAAGAAUCCACAAUGGAGAGAAACACUAUGAAUGUAGUGAGUGUGGGAAGACUUGUCAUCACAGUUCCCAUCUUACGCAGCACCAGAGUCUCCAUAAUGGGGAGAGGCCUUAUAAUUGUAAUGAAUGUGCAGAAGCUUCCCCUCAGAGUUCCCCUCUGCUUGACCACAAGAGAACUCACACUGGGGAGAAGCAUUAUCAGUGCAAUGAGUGUGCGGAGGCCUUCAUUCAGAGUAAAAGUCUCAUCCGGCAUCAGGUCCUUCACACUGGAAAGCAGCCCUAUGAAUGUAAUGCAUGUGGGAAAUCCUUCUGUUCCAAUAGAAACCUUAUUGACCACCAGAGAAUCCACACUGGGGAGAAACCGUAUGAAUGUAUUGAGUGUGGCAAGGCCUUCAGUCGGAGUAAAUGUCUUACUCAGCACCAGAGUCUCCACACUGGGGAGAAGCCACACAAAUGUAGUGAGUGUGGCAAAGCCUUCAGUCAGAACUCUCAGCUUAUUGACCAUGAACGGAUUCAUACUGGAGAAAAACCUUUUGAAUGCAGUGAGUGUGGCAAGAAAUUCAGUUUAAGUAAAUGCCUUAUUCGGCACCAGAGACUUCACACGGGAGAAAAGCCCUAUAAUUGCAUCGAGUGAGGGAAAUCCUUCAAUCAGAACUCUCACCUCAUUAUACACCAGAGAAUUCACACUGGUGAGAAACCUUAUGAAUGUAGUGAGUGUGGGAAGGUCUUCAGUUACAGUUCCAGCCUUAUGGUUCAUCAAAGAACCCAUACUGGUGAAAAGCCCUAUAAAUGUAAAGUUCGCAUGAAAGCCUUUAGUGACAGUUCACAGCUUAUUGUGCACCAGGGAGUCCACACUGGUGAGAAGCCUUACGAAUGUAGUGAGUGUGGGAAAGCCUUCACUCAGCGUUCCACUUUUAACCACCAUCAGCGAACUCACAAUGUGGAGAAGCCCUCGAGGCUGUUUCAGACACCAUCUUAA